AUGACUGAGAGUGCAGUGUUCCAUCUACUAGCCAACUUCACACCCUUCCUCCAACAAGAGGCCAAUUUGUUGACUGGGGUUCGAGAAGAGAUCGAAUACAUCAGAGAUGAAUUCGAGCGCAUGACAGCUUUCCUCAAAGUUGCCGAUGCUAUCGAAGACAACAACCCUGAACUCAAAGUAUGGGUCAAGCAAGUCCGAGAAGCUGCGUACGACAUUGGAGAUGUUCUCGAGUUGUACAUGCUUCGCCUCGGACAUCGUCAUGGCGCUGGAUUUCGCGGUUUUCUUUGUAAGGUUUCUUGCUUUAUUAAGACUUUAAAAGCUCGUCACCAAAUUGCUUCUGAAGUUCAAAGAAUGAAGGCCAGAGUCAUCGAUAUUUCGAAGGGACAUCAGAGAUACCAUAAAAGAUAUGGUAUGUUAGAGCAAGGCUCAAGCUCCAGGUCCACUGGCCUUAACGCAGCAUGCCAUGAUUAUCGUGACGAUGCCCUUCUACUCGAUGAAUCUGAGCUUGUGGGCAUCGACAAGCCUAAAUCGCAACUAAUUUGGUGGUUGGUGCACGAAGACCCCAGACUCAAGGUGUUUUCCGUAUCAGGAAUGGGCGGAUUGGGCAAAACGACACUGGUUAAAAAGGUCUUUGAUGAUGCAGUUGUGAAGAAUCAUUUCCAGAGCCAUGUUUGGAUCACCGUUUCUGAAUCCUUCAAGAUUGAGGUGCUCCUAAAAGACAUCAUCAAAAAACUUUUUGAAGAAAUCAAGCAACCAGCCCCAAAAAGGAUGGACAACAUGGAUACCAACAGCUUGAAAGGGAUAAUUAAUGAUUUCCUGCAACAAAAGAGGUAUGUGCUUGUUUUCGAUGAUGUAUGGUAUAUUCAUGACUGGCAAUCUUUUAGACAUGUGUUUCCCAUUGGCAAUUGUGGGAGUCGAGUAGUGCUGACAACCAGAAAUGCAGAUUUAGCCUCUUUUGCUAGUACGCAAUAUCAUGGGGAUGUCUAUAAUCUUCAGCCCUUGACUCCCGAAGAGUCCUGGACACUGUUUUGCAGGAAAACAUUUAUGGAGAAUUCUUGCCCUUCACACUUGGAAAGACUUUCAAAAGCCAUCUUGAAUAGAUGCGAGGGAUUGCCGCUUGCAAUUGUGGCAAUUAGUGGUCUUUUAUCAACAAAGGAUAAGAGCAGUGUGGAUGAGUGGGAUAUGAUCUACCGCAGCCUUGGUGCAGAACUUGAAGGAAAUGACAAACUCCUAAGCAUGAAGAAAAUAUUAGGAUUAUUUGAUUCAACACUCGAGACUGAUUCGGUUAUGGGUGGCAGAAGGCUUUGUGGAAAUGAAAGCAGGAAUGAUGUGACUAUAGAAGAAGUUGCAGAGGGAUACCUCAAAGAGCUAAUCAGUAGAAGCUUAGUUCAAGUGGUAGAGAGAAGAACAGAUGGACGGGGCAAAGCGUAUCGCAUCCACGACCUCUGGCGUGAAAUUAUUGUUUUGAAAUGUGAAGAGCAAAACAUUGUGACAAUAGCUAACCAUGAACAAGGCAGAUUGUGGCCCGAAAAGGUGCGGCGCUUAUCAAUCCAAAAUCAUUUGGAAGAUAGACAACAAAGCAAGCGUUUCACUCGACUUCGUUCUUUGCUCAUGUUCAGUACUACAAGUACACUGUCCAAGUUUUCCAUGCUUGCAUCGUCAAGUGAUGGUCUACGACUGCUAACCAUGUUGGACUUGAGAGGUGCCUGGUUGGAUACAUUCCCAAAUGAAGUUUCGGAACUACUUCAACUCAGGUAUCUAAGUUUGAGGGAAACCAAUGUAAAAAUAAUUCCGAAGUCGAUUGGAAAGCUUCGAAACCUGGAAACAUUGGACCUUAAAGAAACAUAUGUCACUGAGUUGCCUGAUGAUAUCCUGAAGCUCCAACGACUUCGCCAUAUCUUGUUGUAUCGAUACGAACCAGUUAAUUGUAUAUAUCUUCAUCUCCAUAUCGGAUUCAAAGCCCCAGUGGAAAUAGGAAGUUUGUCAUCCUUACAAAGACUUUGUUGUAUUGAAGCAAACCAUGGUAAUGGUGACAUUUUACUAAGAGAGGUAGGGAAGUUGACUCAACUGAGGAAAAUACACAUUUGCAAAUUGAGAAGUGAAGAUGGGAGGGUGUUGUGCUCGUCCCUUGAGAAGCUGAGUAACCUUCGCUCAUUGAUUGUUUGUGCAGCGGAAGAAAAUAAGAUCAUUGAUCUAGAUUCUCUUUCUUCUCCACCCCAACUUCUUCGGACGCUUGGCCUAGAAGGAAGUUUACGUAAGCUACCGCAUUGGAUAUCAUCACUGCACAGUUUGGUAAAAGUAAAUUUAGCAGGGAGUAAGUUAAGGGAUGUUGAUCCACUGGAAUCCCUUCAAGGUUUGCCCAAUCUGAUUAGUCUUGGACUUCUUCAGACAUAUGAAGGGGAAGGAUUGUGUUUUAAGGCUGGUGGAUUUCAAAGGCUUGGGCAUUUGUACAUUGGUAAAUUCAAUGAAUUGAGAUGGGUAAUAGUGGAGGUUGGCUCGAUGCCUCAUCUUGAAAGCAUAAUUAUCGAGAAAUGUGAAUCGGUAGAAGAGUUACCCUCUGGCAUUGAACAUCUAACCAGCCUUAAAUCACUUUAUUUGGUUGAUAUGUCUGAUAGAUUGAUUUCGAGUAUGAUAAGAGACUUAAAGCAUGAGAAUAAUUGGAAAAUUGCACACAUCCCAGAAGUUUGGAUUGGGGACACGAAACUUUUCUGUGGGACAGGAAAUUAUCGAUAG